AUGCCAACCGAUUUUUUGUCCACAGGCGAAUUGGGUGAAAGCCCAUGCUUUGAUCUUCUUAAGCUAAGCAACCCACACGCACGAGAUGCCCGCUUGAAGUUCGAUGAGCUGUCGCACACAUACUAUGUGGAUGGAAGCCCCUUGGACGUCUCUGUCGCUGGAUUCAUAGCAGCAUUUCAACAGCCAUUCGAUGCCGAAACCGUGAUUUCCCGCAUGCAGCAAAAGUCUUGGCCUCGGCCAGAGUACCUCACUUUCACCCACAUGCGCAAGGCUGUGGAGUUUGCGAAGGGGGUGCCGGAGCUUUGGCCUCUCCUGUCUUUGUUGCAAGCCCAGCCAGUCAACACAUUGUCCCUUUGCCGCCUCUUGCAGCAAGCCCCUGAAAACAAAGCCUUCGGCGCGAUGAGAUACCUUCUCACCAUGACCCCUGCUGAAAUCCAGGCUCAUUGGAAACAAAAUGGUGCAGUUGCAUCCCGCCUAGGCACUUGGGCGCAUUUACAAUGCGAGUGCGUGCUCAAUGCAGGUCAAGUUGCAAACCCUGGCUCUGAGAUGGUUUGCUUGGCGAACUUUCUGCAAUCUUCUGAACGGCUGAUAGCGCACAGGACAGAAUGGAGCAUUUGGGCUAGCGAUGAAAAGCUUGCCGGUACCAUCGACUUUUGCGCCACAGACUCUGCCGGUUGCCUUGUGUUGGUCGAUUGGAAGCGAUCCAAGAAUUUGAAGAACAAAUAUCUUCUGUCUUGCAAAAGCAUGAAGGGAGAAUUGUCUCACAUUCCAGAUGCCAUUGGCUGGAAAUACAGACUCCAACUGAACGUCUACAAGUACAUCAUAGAAAAGUAUUAUGGCUUCACCGUGAGUCGCAUGUUUGUGGUCGACAUUCAUCCUGACGCCGCAGAAGAGCCAUUUGUGGACCUAGUUCCGAACAUGCAAGCUGAAGUUCAAUCAAUCCUAGCGACUAGAAUUGAUGACAAUGAGGCGUCCCUUCUAGAACCUAUGUUGGACAUUGAGGGUGGGUCAACAGGCGCCAGUCAAGAAACUUUCCAAGAAAUGGAAACUGAAGAAGAUGCUGCCUUGGCCGCGGCCAUUGCGAACCCAGAAGCUGAAGAAGAAAGAAGAGAAGUACAAGUCAAGCGUGAGCGCGAAGAUGCUUGCCCAAUUCCACGAAGUGAUGGCCGAGAAGUUCCAGAGUCACAGGCAGUCGAGCAGGACUGCAAAGACGAAAUGCAAGAGGACCUGGGAGAGGAAAUCAUUGAUGGUGAAACAAUUGCAAAGAUCAAGCGAAGGCGUCUUUUGAGGGGGGCGUUCACUUCUGCUUCAGAUUUCCAGGAUUUGCUGCAGGGCUACCAAGACAUAGCUGGAAGGGAGCUGAUCAAUCUGAACCGUGAUUGUGCCACUUCGGAGCAUUCCACCCUUGAAAGAAGCCAUUCGCUUCGGGCGAUGGUCCGUGCCCAAAAGCCAACAUGGAGCGAUGACAUGGUUCGAAUCGGGGCUGCAAUGGUAGCGGUGAGCAAUAUGCGCUUGUCCGACCGCAUGUUUGUUGGCGACUCCGCUUUCUUGCUUUGGAUGAUCGAAGGCAAUUCUACAAUACGAGUUCAUUCUGGUUUCUGCUAUAUUUAUAAUGAUGAUGGCGCCUUUCUGCCGUACAGCGGCACUCCGCCAGAGGCUAUUCUCUCUCGAGUGAGUCUGUUCUGUACCAUACUGGAAGGCGCAUUCAGAAGGCAACGGAAAGAUGCGGACAUCAUCCGGGCUUUGGCGACAGACAGAGAUUCUUUCUUUUCUGACAAAGAGUUCUUUAUCACUUGCCGGAAUGCAGCUCUACAAGGUCCAAGCAAACAAGCUCCAGAGAUUGAACUGGACCACGAAGCCUUUGAGGCGGACGCAGAAGGCGCAGAUGAAGCAGUCGCUGCAGGUGCUGCAGCUUCCGAAGCUUGGACAGCUAAUGUGGCAAAACGUCUGUGGCGCAUGUGCAAUUCCUUGAGAUCAGAGCUCAUGCAUGAGAGAAUGAUCAGUCUUCUUGUCGAAUGGUGCGAAACACCUCGUGCAGAGUCAUCUUGUGUGGCCUACAAAGACACUUGCGUGGAAUUCCUGGCAGACUCAGAAGACAGGAUUUUGCGUCAUGUGCAGAAGUCGCCUGCAAACAACUGCUACUUGUACAUUCCGCACAACUUGCUGGACCCUGUGAUGGAAGCAAAUUGCACUAAACUUUGCAAGUUCUAUUCCCGCACAUUUUGGGCAAACAAGGAUGUGUUUCUAUGUUGCCAAGCUGCCUUGGCUUUGGCAAAGCGAGGCAUUAAUGUCGAUCGCUGCUUCAUUGGAGAAUCACCCGGUGGUGUUGGCCAAUCCCUAUAUUCUUUGCACCUCGCGACAAUGUUGGGCAAUAACCAUGGAUUUUUCGACCCUAACGUCUGGUACAACGAAGACGAGCUUCGAAAACAAGUGGAAACAUUUGCCCGGUGCAUAGUCAUCACAGGUCAAGAAGCUCCCGAAAGCGCGAAGAAACUGCACCUUGAUCUCUUCAAAAAGACAAUGUCUGGAGAUGGCAUUGCUGGUCGCAAGCCUUACGGCUAUACUACGAAGAUGUUCCAGCUCAUUGGUUGGAAGAGAUUGGAAGUCAAUCGGAUGCUGAGGUUUGCUGGAGUUACGCCUUCCAAUUUCAAUUCCGUCUUUAGAAGAGGUUUCUUUUGGCAAGCAAAAGCGCGCUUUCAUCCACCACAUGUGAUUGCCACGCUGCAUGCUGACCAUGAACUGGACGGGCAUUUUGAGGCGGAUCCGACCCUCAAGCAAUUUCUUUCAAGCGCGCCGUCUGCUGCAGCGGGCUUGAGGAUUCAACACGCAUUUGAAUCUAACACAGGCAGACAGGAAUGCAUGGACCUCAUUGAGAAUUACGUGUCUGGUGGAGAUGAGUCUUUAACUGAAGACAAGAUGCGGGUCGCUUGCGGCUUGCCAGUCAGAGACCGAAGCAAAGAUACCGGCAGAGCAGGCGCUGUGAUGCUCCAUAUCCCAGAUUCGGAAGAAGACAAAGAUUGCGAAGAAAAACAAUGGUUGCAGUUAAGGAGUAUCUUGGUCAACGACUUGUUGGAUCGAUGUGUCACCUCCGUGACAGCCUACGAGUUCCAACAGAUGAAAUUAGAAAGCAAUCAAGUUCCCAACCUCGCACGACAAGAUUUGUGGAAAGGUUUGCUUGACCGAAAAUUUGUGGUUAAAGGUUGCUCGCGCAAUACCCGUGGAAGGGCCAGCGUGCAAGUGCAGCCAAUCCUUGUGCCAGAAAAGGAUUUCUUUGAAGUCGUGAAGGCCAGAAAGGCCGAUGAAACACAAUUAUUUGUGGAAAGUGUCAACUUGAAAGCUGCGCGAGCAAUGGCGGAAAAAAAUCGCGGCCUCCACAAUCUGGACACCUUGCUCGCGUUCUUCCAAGCCAAGGUAAAAGCUUUCAAGCCAAAAAGAGGUCGUCCUACUGGCCAAGCAGAAAAAGAGAUACUAAAAUUUGAAAAGUUCGCCCAAAAAGUUGAGGAGCAAAAAAGUGCUUGCAAAGCAUUGACAAAGCUGGGACUCCAUGAUGCUGUUGCUCCAUCUCCCGAAAGGAGGCGCUUGAAGAAGACAGAACCGCGCGUGGAGCGCCAUGUGACGUAUCGCUAUGCGGGAGAACGCGACACGCGGGACAGAAGAUACGCAAAUGGUUUUGCUGCACAAACUUGCAGCCGACGAUUGCAACGGUACUUGUUUCCACACACGGCUGAUCUUGACAUUCAGACCUGUUGCCUGGCAAUUCUUGUGCAGUUGUAUGAAAAGAUCGCGCCCCAGCCUCCUCUACCAGAUGGGGUGCUUAACUUCUUGCUUCGAUGCGUAAGCAACAGAAAGGAUGUUUGCGAGAAAGAAUUGAAAGUGUCUGCUUCGGAUGGGAAGCAGAUCAUCAACUCAGUCUUGCACGGAGGCGCUCUUCCUGCUGAGGUAAAAGAACGCGAGUCUGGUAAAGCCCUCCUCCGACUAUCGAUCUACAUGCGCUGGCUUGCUUGCUCGAUUUUCUCUGAAGAAUUCAACGACCUGUGCCAGGACACUAGCAAACGCAAUCCAGAUGCAACAGCGUUCUUUUACUUGUGGACAACCGUUGAAGAUUGGAUUGUGGAAUCAUGGGUUUCUAAGCUUCAGACCCUCUCGCCUGAGCAUUUAUCAUUGCAUUUUCAUGGUGUGCGGUUGGCUGUAGACAUGACAGCAUGGGCCAAUAAUCAGCAGCAAUUUCUCGAAGAUUGUGAGCGACACAUUCACAAAGAGACCGGCUUCAAGGUGACCACCGUGGAGAAAAAGCAUCUUUCCCUCCUUCAACUUGUGCAAUCUUCUGCGCGCCAGACGGACAUCGUGGAGAAUGUCCCAGGGUCAUUACUGCAGCCAAGCAAUUCCAUCUCUUGCGCGUGCUGGCACCUUCUCAGCGACCGUCAAGAGGAAGUGACUAAUUCUCUGUCAACUUCUUCCCAAACAAAUUCGUACGCUGAAGACAGAGGGCUUCGCAGCUACAAGCAAUAUGCAGAGAUGCUUGCGCUGAAGCUUCUUCCGAGCCACGGCUUGCCGCCCUGCCAAGAUGGAAAAUAUCUGCUUCACCUGGAAUCUGACUGCUUUCCUUCGUGCGUGGCCGUUAGCGUGGAUCAGACGUGUAACGACGUGACAAUCUUUGCAGGCAAGCAGCGGCAUUGCUUGAGCUAUCAGGAGCUUCUGAAUUUGCAUCUCCUCUGCACUGAUCGCCUCUUGGUCGCCCACUUUGCUCUCGGCAUGGCUGAGGCAGAUGCGAAGGACGCUGCUCAUCAACUGCUGGACUUAGAGGCUGGAAGUUCGGAUAGCGAAGACCAGCUUCCUGAAGCCCAAUAUUUGGUUGAUGACGAAGGAGCCGUCUAUUUUGCAGACGCUAUCCUGACAUCGCUGGAGGAAGAGAGAAAUUCUUUCCAGCAAACUGUGAAAUACAGUCAAGGACGACGCUGCGAAGGUCUGCGCGCUUGUGCCCUGUGUCCGUUCAGAGCUUUUACAGAGAGGCGGAAGCUUUUGAAACAUCUUCAGUCACAUCAUUCGGCUAAGAAUCAGUUUGUUUGUUCGGGCACAAAGCAAAUUAAAAUCAUUUUGUCGCUGCAUGAUGCGGACUGUGCCCGGCGAAACAUGCAAUUCUCAUACCUGCAACGCAGCGCUGAGUAUAUUCGUGCGCAAGUGCGCCCACCGCUCUCUCACAAGCGGAAUCAAGUGGAUCGCCAUGUGCGGCUGUUGCUCACGGCAGCCGGACCAAUGUACUGCAAUGAAACCGCGUUGGGCGUCACUGUCUUUGCCCGCAGAGUUCGCAAUGUAUACUAUGACAAAACUUUUGCGGAGAUGCUGUACCGGGAGCUCGUGUUGCAUCAUGCGAAUGUCAAAAGCGUUUGGGGCCGACUGCACCUUCGAUGCAUUGAGGCUGGAAACGAGCUCAGCAAUUUGCUUCCUACGCACACGCGACACUGGUGGCCAAUAGUGGAAGAUGUUUUUACAUCCACGGCUGUCCGCAACUUGUUGGCCAGUCUUCAGCUAACUUUUGAAGCUGCCUCUGAAUACACGUGCAUUUCCAUUGAUGCGACGUUGAAGGUGGCCAUGUGCAUUAAAGGCCAAGGCAAUUACAGAGCCAGUGCAGCAGUCCGAAAUGAUGCUUGCUUCGGCGAUGAUGAGGCACUGAGGAGAGUGUUGACAGUGAGGGGUCAAACAGGGGCAGUGCUUGCAAUCCAGCUGAUCAAAGGAGAAGAUGCCAAUGAAAUAGGUUUGGCGUUGGACCCCGUGCACUUAGCAAUUGUGUAUGAGUAUGCGCAGUGGCGCAAACGUACUCCAGGAUCCAAACUGCUCAGGCAGUUGUUGAACAAGGUUGUCCAACAUGACCCGCAGCGAGGAAUGCUGUCUUGGGGCCCCUUGUUCGACGGAGAGGAGUGGUGCCCUCUUACAAGGCAAGAAGACAAAUGGAGAGGCCAAAUCUUGAACUGGACACAGUCCAAGGCUUACGCGCAACGCGUGGUAGACAACCUAGAUCCUACUCUCCCAGUGCUGACGCGCGUCAGUUUCAUUGAGGCAGUUGCAGCCAUUUGCGUUUUGCACAGCAAGGAGGUAGAUCGGAAGGUCACGGGAACGUCUAAGCCUGUGCGGGAUGUCUUGUGGAGCGCUUGCUCACCACAACGCCUGGAAUGGUUAUUCAACAACCAAAGAGUUCGCCAUGGGUUUCGCCCUUGCAACGCGCACUUUUGCCUUCCGGCACCACAUCAAACGAAGCGCUUCACAGCGAAAUCAACUCAUGGACGCGCUCCACCCAUGAAGUCCACCGACAAAGCAGACUUGCCUCUGCAUUCUGAGCGGGUGGAAGAAGUAAGGCGCGUAAAAGAAUGGAUGUCCACAAAUUCAUGUGAACAAAAGCUGCGGAAGCGAAAGCGCACUCCGCUCACAGUGCCUCGCAAACACAGUUUGCGCCGCGGAGGUGUGAAGACAACUCCUUCUGCGUAG